UUCCUUCAUUCUUGACUGAAAAAAGAUAUCUUAUCUCCAAUCUAAAAACCCAAAGGAGAGUUUAUAGCUAAUAUGAUUCUUUCACAAGUGCUUUCAAUCAGAUUAUUCCUCUAAUAUCUGAUUCACAGAUAAGAAGGAAGUAAAAAAAAAAACAAGUCUUGUAUAAUUAGAAACAUUCCUUCAGAGGAAAGAUAUAAUUCAGAUGGUGCAGAAGAUAAACAUUGAUUCAAGAGUGGAUUUUUCCUCCCAGCUCUCCUUCCCUCAAAAAUAAAGGGGGGGAGGGCAUCCUGAGAGAUAAGGAUUCUUUUUGCUGCUGUUGAUAAAAACAAUCUAAGCAGAUGUUGGGGGGUGGGAAGCCAUAAAAAAGAUCAUCUCAGCUAAACCAGCUGUUGGGAUAAGUUUAACUGCUCACUUCAGAUGCUGCAUUUUCUCCAAGCCAUUUGCAGAUGCAGAAAACAGAGAAAGCACACAAGGCAUAAAAUAGUCAAAGUAGGAGCUUUUGACACUCAUUUCCCCCCUCCCUCCCUCUCACUCACUCACCCACAAAUGCACACAUAGGAGAAGGAGGAGGAUGGAGGGGAGGAGAGCGAAAAGUGAGCUCACAUUCUCACAUUGGUAAAGAGGCUGGUCUUGCAGUGCCUUUGAAUAUUCUACUUUUUGCCAGUUUCUCUUCCGAGUCAUGCAGACACACACAUGCUGAGCUGAAGGAAACCACAGCAAUGGACUGCUCUAGAAGAUCUGAAAUCUGAUCACACACCAUCUCCCUCCCUAAUUACCUCUAUUACAUACCUCGGUCUGUCUAUAUAGGAAGCCACUCAGACCCAGGGAAGAAGGCAAGGGCAGUGUCAGCCACUCCAUCACAACCCAACAGAGCACCUUAUCUCUUCUUGCUGGACACACACACACACACACACACACGCACACGCACACACACACACACACACACACACAAACAAACAAACAAGACAAAACCCACAGAGCAACAGACUCACACGUCUUUUUAAUCUCUUGGCUUCCUUGGAAGAUUUUUGCUGGCUGUUUUUCAUGGAGAAAGUCCAAGGAGAAAUGGAGAUUGAGAGAUGGGAAAGAAACGAAGAACUGUCAGAUGCCGAAAGGAAGAUGAUCCAAGAGACCUGGAACAGAGUCUAUGUGAACUGCGAAGAUGUUGGGGUCUCCAUUCUGAUCAGAUUUUUUGUCAACUUCCCAUCUGCCAAGCAGUACUUCAGCCAAUUCAAGCACAUGGAAGAUCCAUUAGAGAUGGAAAGGAGCCUGCAGCUGCGUAAACAUGCCAGGAGGGUCAUGGGGGCUAUUAAUAGUGUGGUGGAGAACAUAUACGAUUCGGAAAAGGUCUCCUCUGUGCUAGCUCUGGUGGGCAAGGCACAUGCUGUCAAGCACAAAGUUGACCCUGUCUACUUUAAGAUUCUGACUGGCGUCCUGCUGGAAGUGCUUACAGAGCAAUACACCAAUGAGUUCAGUGUUCCAGAGGUUCAGAGAGCCUGGGCCAAGAUGAGGAGCCUCAUCUACACUCAUGUGACGGCUGCAUACAAGGAGGAACCCCCAGGUGACAACGGUGGCAGCAGCAGCUGGAGCAGCAGCAAAGUGGCAGAACCCCUCCCACAGACCUGAAAUGCUGUCUCUCAGAAGACUAAACUGGCACCGGAAUAGGAUAGCACCCAAGAGAACUACAUCUGUCUCCUUUAAUUAUCCCGUGUACAUAUUAGUCAGUGGAAAUGCUUUAUAAUUUCUAUAGCUAAAGCCGGCUAAGCUAUAGAAAAACCAGGUGUCCAUAAACACUCUCCCUGAAGUUAGCCAGGCAAAUUAAAAUCAUGUACACUGUGAUGGGGGGGGGAGGGAAUGUAUUGAAUUUCCCCAGAGGGAAAAAUAUAUUAUAUAGAUCAUGACUGUUAUGAUUCACCCACAUUGAUAACUCUGGAGACUUACCAUUUUUGUCUGUCUUGAAGAGGACUUUUCAUCAAAUGGCACUGAAUUGAUACGUUUCCAUCUUUUGUAGUAAGGUGAGAAUGUACAAGUUCCAGUAUUUGAAUUCUGCAAGUACUUUUGUGCCCGUAUAUCACUGAUAAGUCCAUGUCCUUGCUUUCCCUCACUCCCCAAAAAACAAAACACUAUUGAUGUGUGCAUAAGUGCUUGCAGGAUCUCAUAUCCGCAUGAUACAUUCAGACCAUGUCCUUAAAAGGACAUUUGAUCUCAAUACAUUUAGUCUAGAUUUCAAAAUAUGCACCGUGGGACGAGGCUUAGUCUUGUCUUGUCAUUUUACGCUUUUCUCUACUGCUAAUUCCUCUGGACUGGAGUUUCUCUGGAAUAAUAUGAAUUGUGUUUGCAGUCCUCACUGUUUUGUUCUUAGUUUUGUAUUCCAUUACAAUGUUUCUUUCCCCUGUUACAAAACUAACUUUAGAAGUCUUGAGAUUGUAGAAGAUUUAGCCAAAGCUUGAAUACCUAAAGCACCUGAAACCAAAAAAAAUAUGAUGUAUUAAAAGAACAAAUCAAUAUAUUAAUUUCUAGCUGUUUCCUGAUGCUUAAGAUAUUCUCUGUGUGAGUUGAGUUGAAUCAGUUCAUGCAGUCCUAUAUAUGUUGGCUUUCUGAGGUCUUAUUGGGCUACUUACAAUAAGUGGAUGUGGGAGUACAUUCUUCGUUACUACUGUGGAGUUGGUAAUACUGCCCAGAUAGGUUUGAGGUAACCAUCGUUUUUUUAUCACUUUCCUUCCAAUUCCCAUUAUUAUAUUCUAAAGGAUUUCUGCUAGGAUUUUUGUGUUCCUAUGACCACCAAUCAACUCCAGCAAGUAGCACUGCCACCUAAAUAGAAGGGGAAAAUCUGAGCUGUUGGCUGACUUGGCUGUUCAAUAGAGAACAAAUCUGCAAAAAUCAGAAGGGAAUCCUUCAUGACAUGGAAAUAAGGAAUCAGCCAAUCUGCCAUUAAAGAUGCACGAAUCUAGACUGGUUACAAAAUUUGACAGUUCUAAUGUUUAUAUAUAUACAUUUUUUCCUGCUAAAAGUCACACCAUGGACACUACUACUACUACUACUAGAUUUCACCACCACCAUUCUUCAAAAAAUAUGACCUAAAUUAUGACAGUUAUUACAGUAAAACCAUGAUCCCAUGUCACAAUCUAAAAGUAUUUUGAAAUUAAUUUUCAAAGUAGGAUGACAUUUUUGAAAGGAAAAUACGUAUACAUUAAUUUAUCCUUGAAGCAAUACAUCCAUCCUUAAAGAUUUGCAGCUAUAUAUUGUUUCAAUCCAUAACAAUUUCUGCCCCCCCUCUAAUUCUUUCUCUCAUUCUCUCUCAAACACACACACACACAC